GUCUAUCGUGGUGUGGUGUUGGCCGGAGUAGCGCCGUACAGAGGGGGCUCGUGCACAGAGGAGGAGCUCGAAAGGAGAGAGCAGAGGAGUGAGGAGAGAGUAUCGGCGCUCACCGGCGCCGAAUCAGACGGCAUGAGGCUUCUAACGAUAUUCGUCGCCCUGGUGCUGGUCGCCAGCGCCCAGGGCUUCUUCCUGCACAUAUUCGGCCUGGGCGGCGGCAAGAAGAGGGGACGUGGACGGCACAGGGGUCGCGGCAAAGGUCACAGAGGUCAAAGAGGUCACGGCCACGGGGGCGGCGGCGGUGGAUAUGGCGGAGGGGGCGGAGGAGGAGGCGGGUACAUCAAGGUGUUUCCGGUGACGUUUGACGAGCCGUCGACGAGCUACGGACCUCCAUCAACAAGUUACGGACCUCCGCCGUCCACGAGUUACGGACCUCCUCCGUCCUCGGAGUACGGAGCGCCCUCGUCGGGUCAUGGAGGAGGAGGCGGCGGCGGAGGAUACUCCGGUGGCGGCGGAGGGGGAGGUGGAUAUUCUGGAGGAGGCGGCGGAGGCCACGGAGGCGGCGGAGGCGGACAUUCCGGAGGAGGAGGCGGGUACUCCGGCGGAGGCGGCGGCGGAAGCCACGGAGGCGGCGGAGGUGGAUAUUCCGGAGGCGGCGGCGGAGGCCACGGAGGCGGCGGAGGCGGACAUUCCGGAGGAGGCGGAGGCGGGUACUCCGGCGGAGGCGGUGGAGGCGGCCAUGGUGGAAGCGGAGGACAUUCCGGAGGAGGAGGCGGGUACUCCGGCGGAGGCGGAGGCGGCGGACAUUCCGGAGGCGGCGGAGGCGGACAUUCCGGAGGAGGCGGAGGCGGAGGAUACUCCGGAGGAGGAGGCGGGUACUCCGGCGGAGGCGGCGGCGGAAGCCACGGAGGCGGCGGAGGUGGAUAUUCCGGAGGCGGCGGCGGAAGCCACGGUGGCGGCGGAGGCGGACAUUCCGGAGGAGGCGGAGGCGGGUACUCCGGCGGAGGCGGUGGAGGCGGCCAUGGUGGAAGCGGAGGACAUUCCGGAGGCGACGGAGGUGGCUAUUCCGGCGGAGGCGGAAGCCACGGAGGCGGAGGCGGACAUUCCGGAGGAGGAGGCGGAAGCGGAUACUCUGGAGGCAGUGGAGGCGGAAGCCACGGAGGCGGCGGAGGCGGUCACGGAGGCGGAGGCGGAGGUGGCUAUUCUGGAGGCGGCGGUGGAGGCGGACACUCCGGAGGAGGCGGAUAUUCCGGAGGCGGAGGCGGAGGUGGAGGCGGUUACUCUGGAGGCGGAGGCGGAAGCCACGGAGGCGGCGGAGGCGGGUAUUCUGGAGGCGGCGGUGGAAGCGGACACUCCGGAGGCGGAGGAGGCGGAUAUUCCGGAGGCGGAGGUGGAGGCGGUUACUCUGGAGGCGGAGGCGGAAGCCAUGGAGGCGGCGGAGGUGGCUAUUCUGGCGGCGGUGGAGGAGAAAUCAUUACUGGCCAUGGGUCAGCCGCGGCCCCGUCUGGCGACUAUUCGGCCCCGUCUUCCGGCUACUCUGCCCCGUCCUCCGACUACUCUGCCCCAUCCUCCGACUACUCUGCCCCAUCCUCGGGCUACUCUGCCCCUGUGUCCAUGUUUAUCAUGGACGCCCCUGACCUCAGUCAGGGUCCAUCAGGGGGAUACAGUGCCCCCAGUUCUCAGGGCGGCGUGGGUCAGGACUACGGAGCGCCCGCAGGGGGUGUGGGACAGUCCUACAGUGCACCCAGCUCGGGAGGAAGUGUGGGACAGUCCUAUAGCGCUCCUUCUUCAGGGGGUGGUGUUGGCCAAUCUUACAGUGCCCCUUCUUCCGGGGGAAAUAUUGGCCAGGCUUACAGUGCACCUAGCUCCGGAGGAAGCGUUGGCCAAUCUUACAGUGCGCCUAGCACUGGAGGAAAUAUUGGCCAGUCUUACAGUGCCCCUAGUAAUGGAGGUAGCGUUGGCCAAUCCUACAGUGUGCCCUCCUCAGGAGGAAGCGUAGGUCAAUCUUACAGCGCUCCUUCUUCUGGAGGAAACAUUGGACAGUCCUACAACGCACCAUCUUCAGAAGGAAGCGUUGGCCAGUCUUACAACGCCCCUUCUACGUCAGGAGGAAGUGUAGGCCAAUCUUACAGUGCGCCAAGCACUGGAGGAAAUAUUGGGCAAUCCUACAGCGCCCCUUCUUCAGGAGGAGGAAGCAUUGGCCAAUCCUACAAUGCUCCUAGCUCUGGAGGUAGCGUUGGACAGUCCUAUAGCGCCCCUGGCUCAGGAGGUAGUGUGGGCCAAUCCUACAGUGCGCCCUCCACCAGCAUCGACCAGUCCUACAGCGGUCCCUCGCAGUCCCUCAGCGACCCUGUGUUCGUCGGUACUGGGCUGAGCAGUGGUGGCGGCUCGGUCAGUAACUACAUAGACGGUGGCGCCUCUGGCGGCGGUAGUGUGGACCAGAGUUACAGCGGUCCCCAGCAGGUGUCGGCGGGCCAAGACUACUCGGCGCCUCAGGUGACCCCGGUGAUCCAGUCGACUUCUAACGACUACGGGCCGCCAGCGGACGCCAUCAACAUUCAGGCGCCGAUCACAGCUCAAAUCAACUCGGCAAUCACGCAGAACGCGUUACCCAACAUUGGGCUGGACGGAGCGCCACCUAUAGGCGACGUCGGAGUUGCAACUUACCAGUGACCGCCGCUAUGCAGGGGAGGGAUCUGGUCAUCCAUGCUAGUUUUGUUCAAUCCGUUUCUACAAGGACUGAACAACAAACUGGCAGGCUGCCAAUGCAAUGAAGGAGUCUCAGUCAAACACUGUUACCAUGGUUACGACGGCGUCUAUUAGUCAGCUGAUUGCACAGUGAUGGCGGCUAUAUAGUGGAAAGAGGGAAUGGCUCAAGAUGACCUCUUGGCUCUUUGAAGUGUGGGGAAAGGUGAUGCUGCGUUAGUUUUGCUUGCAAUGCAACGCAGAGACAUUUUACGCAGCCAUAUGCAACGAACUUAUUCGCGUUUCUGAUGGCAUCCGCAUGAUAUAAGGAAAUGGAGGAUCGGAUGUUUUGUAUUGAGCGAUGCCCCAUUGAUUUGCGUGUGCAUGAACUUCGACUGUAUUUGAAGAUAAUGGAGCGACUGCUUGAAUGUAUUUAGCCCUCAGAUUAUCUAAACUGCAAGCCGUUCCUACGUGUCGUCCCGCUUGGCAGUAAGUGAAUUUGCUCACUUGCAUUUUGCAGUACGGGCCCAUGUUGAAACACGUUGCUUUUAUGAAUGUUCUUACGCGAUUUUUCAAUCCCAUUCCUAAUGCCUUGACUAUCGCCAUUGAAAGUGUAGAAUUUUAUACAAGUAGAGUUGCGGAUGAAUGCAUUGGAAUCGACCUAAACCUUCGAUUCGAGUCGUUCCGCUGUAAUCGUGUUUAGGUAUCAUUUUGGCGUAUGUCAACGUGCAGCUGCAGUGAUGGAUGCGUGUACCUAUUUUGUACGAUUCAUUCCUAACGAAAUACACGGACGUGUUGUGUUAUAAA